AUGACCAGAUCAGAGGAAGCCAAUAGCCAUCCGGUUGAGAACCGUGAUGAUGCAAAGUUCCUAGUGACUAGUGCCGAGUUGAAAGCGAUUGUGAAUGAAGCGGUUGAGAAAGCCUUAGCGCGACAGUACAGUGAGUACAGUGAAACCCGCAGUAGAACUCUGUCUGCACCACAUGCGAAACCAAAGAAUCAUUCUGAGAUUCGCAACAAGCCGCCACCUACUCCUCCCAAACCUAAGAAAGAUGAGGAUCGUCAUUCCUCAAAUGAAAACAGUGAUGCAGCAAGACAGAGAGCUCUAAGAAGUUCGGAAUCUGACAAGAGAAAACGUGAAGAUGAUAAUUCACGUCGAUCAAACAAGAAGCAUAGGGGAAACCAUGACGGUAAAAAAGGCUCUGAGGCCAGAAGGAACGAGCAUCGGUCGGGCGAUAAGCCCAAGUAUAAGUCUUUUGUGGAUAGUAAAUUCUGUGAGCUGUUAGGAUUGCCUAUUAAAGCCCUUAGUGCUAAGUAUGAGGUAGAGUUAGCAGAUGGAGAUACUGAUACCCCUGAAUCCUCGGCUACAGCCGAGAAACCUACAACCCUUCACCCCGCGUAUUCGGUAACCAACAUUCAAUCCAAAAUACGCACCGUGGAUGGCAAAACCGUCACCUACACCUCCUGGGUAAAACUGUUCGGGUUACACGCUAUUGCCUACAAGGUCCUGGCUCACAUCGACGGCACUGACCCACCCAAAGACACUGCACCCGAAUACCCUCCCUGGUUCGAACUAGAUGCUCUGGUCCUUGAAUGGAUUUUGAGCACUGUGUCCGACAAUCUCCUUCCCCGUUUGCUGGGACAGGUCUCCACGGCUAGGGCUGCAUGGCUCAAGCUCGAAAUUACUUUUCUUAGCAACAAGAAGGCACGUGCAACUGCCUUGGAAAUCCAGUUUUGUAACCUCACCCUAGCACACUAUUCGUCAAUUGAUGAUUAUUGUCAGCGCCUCAGCGAUCUUGCCAACCAACUCGAAGACGUGGAUCAACCUGUUGCCGAAUCUCGCCUUGUCCUUCAACUGGUUCGCGGACUCCCACAAGAAUAUGAUACCAAUGCCCUGCUUAUUCAUCAGAACAAUGCUGACUGGGACACUGCUCACACGAUGUUACAAGAUGGAGUCAUUCGGAUGGAAGCUCGUCAAUCGACGACAUCUUCUGUCCUCGUCACCCAACAACCGAACCAGCCAUCUUCUUCGUCGUCAUAG